AUGGGUGAUGUUGAUGGUGAAGAACAAGAGAUGGGUGAACAACUGGAAGUUGAGGCUGUUAUGGAGGAAGAGGUCCAUGGAGUUGAACAAGUUGGUGGUGUGUUGGAAGUGAUGGGUGAUGUUGAUGGAGAAGUGCAAGUUGAGGAAGUUGGUGGUGAUGGUGAAGAUGAAGGUGUAGAACAGAAUGAAGUUGAACCAGAUGUGGAAAUUCGAAGUUGGAAUUCCUCUUUUGAGAGUGGUAGUGGUGAUGGAAAUAAUUCAGAGGGAAAUGUGGAAGUCAAAGUCCAAAGUAUGUCAAAUGACUAUAGUGGACCAUGUUCCAGUGUGAGUUCUGACAGCAUUUUUGAUGUUAAUGUAGAGGGUGAGAAUGAUAGAGAGGGUUAUGGGACUUUUGCAACAUUUGUUUUGCCAAAAAGUAUGGUUGACUUUAAGUGGGAAGUUGGGACAUAUUUUGCUGAAAAACAAGACAUUUUAGAUGCUAUAGAAAGUUAUGCGUUGGAUAAUGGAAGAAAUAUUAAGUUUGUUAAGAAUGAUAAACAAAGAAUGAGGUUCAAGUGUGUGGGUGCAAAAGGCCCAUGGAGGUUAUAUUGUGGUUAUAUGAAGGCAAUCAAAACAUGGCAAUUGAGAACUAUGCUGGACAACCAUACCUGUAGUAGGGAGUUCAACCUUAAAUUAAUUGAUGCCAAGUGGUUGAGCAACAAGAUACAGAUAACUAUUAGAGAGAAUCCAACAGUUAAGGGUGUGGAUAUAAGGGAAAAAAUUCAAAGGAAAUGGAACAUUAGUAUUUCAAGGUGUAUGACCUAUAAGGCCAAAAACAUAGCAAUAGAGCAAAUUGAUGGCUCUUUCAAAGAACAGUGUAAAAGGUUGUAUGAUUAUGCCCAUAAGUUGCUGGACAAAAUUCCAAGGUCAAUAGUGAAACUAAAGGUUGAGGAUGUAGGGGGUGAAGUUCUUUUCAAGAGAUUCUAUGUAUGUUUAAAGGCCUGCAAAUAUAGUUUUCUAUCAUGUAGGCCAAUUAUUGGUUUAGAUAGAGCAUUUUUGAGAGGUAAGUACGAUGGUGAGUUGUUAACAGCUGUGGGCCAAGAUAGAAAUGAACAGAUGUUGCCAAUUGCAUACUGUGUUGUUGAAGUUGAGAACAAGGAUUCAUGGAGGUGGUUCUUGGAACUAUUGGGUCUACUUCAUGCAAUAGAUGAAUUGCUUCCUAGAGUUGAGCAAAGGUUUUGUGUAAGGCAUUUGUAUGCUAACUUCAGGAAGAAAUUCCCUGGAAAAAACCUCAAGCGUUUAAUGUGGAGGGCAGCUACAGCCACACACCCACAAACUUGGGAGAUGGAAAUGAGAAACAUAAGAGCAGUGAACGAAGAUGCUUAUAAGCAUUUGAUUGCCAUCCCUCCAAGGUAUUGGUCAAGAUCAAGGUUCACUAAAAGAGCUAAAUGUGACACCUUAGUAAACAAUAUGAGUGAGGGCUUCAAUAGUGUCCUCGUUUCUACCAGGAGUAAACCCAUAAUUACGUUGUUGGAGGAGAUACGGCUUUACCUCAUGCAAAGAUGGGCCAAGAACAGUUGGUCAGACAAAAAGCUAUUUGAAGUUCAUCACAUGUUUAACAAUGGAGAUAAGUUCGUAGUCAACAUAGAUGACUCCUCCUGCACAUGCAGAACUUGGAUGAUGACUAGAAUCCCCUGCUGUCAUUCAUUGGCUGCAAUGAAGUUCCUCAACAUUGAUAGAGAACAAUUUAUUGACUCUUGCUACAUGAAGUCCAUAUAUGAGGAGACAUAUUCAUCAAUUAUAUAUCCCAUAAAUGGAGCCAACAUGUGGAACAUUACUCCAUAUCCUGAUGUGUCUCCUCCACACAAAAGUGUAUUGCUUGGAAGACCAAAGAGAAAAUGA